AUGACGGACGCAUCCGACUCCGAUCGCGAGCCUCCCACCGCCACGCAAAAGGGAAAGCAGCCCGAGACGCCCGAGAAUGGCGACACCUCCGCCGGCGCCCUUGCGGAAGCAGCUGUGAACAAGGUAGAGCAGGGAACCGGAGAUGGCUCAGCCGCCGAUCAUGACAAGGAGGACGAGGACAGCGACGAGGACGACGAGGACGACGAGGACGACGAUGAAGACGAAGACGACGAUGACGACGAUGAGGAUGAUGAGGAGGACGAAGAGCCUCGACUCAAAUAUGCCCGCCUCACACAACACCUGGGACCCAUCUACCGCAAUGGCGAUGCUACGAGUUCGUUCCUUGUUGCUGGUGAUAAGAUGGUACCGCCGCCCUCCGCGUACAUCGUCUCAUCGCCCGCAUGCUGA